AUGAGUGAAUUGGUUGCCAUAUUUGCACCUGAACCAAUCAAAUUAAUGAUUGACCCAACACGAUAUGUAAUAAUCCCAAGACCAAUUACUAUUCAAUUUCAUAAAUUAAAAUCAUAUUUUCAAAAAGAUCCAAUUGCUACAUUUCAAGUUGUUGCAGCAUUAGUAAGAGAACAAAGAAGAGAAGAAGCACAAAAAUUUCUUUUAGAAAUAAUGACAAAUAGUUCAUUAACACAAUUAAGUCAAUCAAUAGAACGAUAUUUUUAUUUAGUUAUUGGGUCAUUAAAUGCAUAUACAGGAAAUGAACAAAAUAACAAAAUAUGUCAUGAAUAUCUUGAGAAGUCAAAACGAUUUGGAGAUAAUGAAUUUACUGAAUGUGUUUAUGGAUUUAAUGCAUUUUAUUCUAAAAAACCUGGUAAAGAUUACUUUAAACGUGCAUUAGAAUUAAAUAAAAAUUAUGCACCAGCAUUAAUUGGUCUUGCAUUAUGUGAAUUAAAAGAUCACAAAGAUGGAGUUGCAUUAUCUUAUUUUAUUCAAGCACUUAAAAAACAACCAACAAAUGUAAGUAUUAGGUGUGGUAUUGGUAGAAUAUAUUAUUCUCAAAAAGAAAUUAAAUUAGCAAUUCGAUGUUAUGAAAGUGCAUUAGUUCUUGAUACUAUUUGUAUUGAUGCAUUAAUAAAUCUUUCAAGAAUAUAUUGGGAUAUUAGAACUCCACAAACAGUUAAAAGAGCAUUAGAAUUAGCUAAUAGAGCAUUAAUGAUUGAUAAUAAAUGUGCACCAGCAGCUAUAGUACUUUGUGAAGCAGCAAUGAAAUGUAAUAAUUAUAAAGUAGCUUCAGAAUUUGCAAAUAUUGCAAUCAAUUAUGGAAAUGAACAAGAAAAGAUUUAUGGACAUUUUACUUUAGGAAGAAUUGCUCAUCAAAAACAAGAUUUCAUAAAAGCAAAAGAAGAGUAUAAUAUCGCUUAUUUAUCUGAUAAUAAAUGUACUUUCCCUGCAUUACAUUAUAGAAUGGCACAAGUUUUAUUUAGAGAAAAAAAUUAUAUUCAAGUCGAAAAAAUUUUAAUGAACUGUUUAAAAUAUAACGGUGGUGAUUUCGAUGUUUUAAAGUUACUUGGAUUCACUGAAUUAAAACUUAAUAAAAUUAAUGAAACGAUUGAAUAUUUGGAAAAGGCUUCUGUUUUUAAAAUUGAUUAUAAAAUUGAAUUAAUUGUUUCUUCUUUAUUAGAAGAAAAACAGCCAAAAAAAGCAUUAGAACAUUACCAAAGAAUUAAUGAAGUUAAUAGUACUGUAGAAGUACUCAACAAUAUGGGAUGUUGUUAUUAUUUUAUUCAAGAAUUAGUUAAAAGUAAAGAGUGUUUUGAAAAAGCAUUAAAUAUGGAUAAAGGUAGUGAGUUAAGAACAACACUUCUUUUUAAUAAAGGAAGGGUAUUAGAAGAAAUGAAAUUAUGGGAUGAAGCAAAUAAAUGUUAUCAGGAAAUUAUUAAAGACAAUCCAUGGUAUUUUGAUGCAAGAAUCAGAAGGUGUUAUCAUUUAUGGGAUGAAAAACAAUACAAUUUAGCAUCACAAGAACUAGUCGAAACAAUCAAUAAUUUCCCAAAUUGUGAAGACGCUAAAUUAUUAUUAGGAGAAAUGCUAUGUCAACAAGGUAAAAUUGAUGAUGCUUUUAAAAUAUUUAAUUCAGUAACAAGUCAUAAUAGAACAAAUUUAUACGCUUUCUUAGCUCUUGCAAGAGUAAUGGCUAAGUAUGGUAGACAAGACCCUAAACAACAACUUGAAGCUGUUAAAUUAUAUGGAAAAAUUCUUAACGCUGAUCCAACUAAUGUAUUAGCUUUAGGAGGUUUAGCUUUGACUACUGCUGAAAGAAAAGAAACUACAUCUAAUCCAAUUCCAUUUAAUGUUAUAAUAGAAAGUCUUCAAAGAGUAAACGAUGUUUGUCCAUCUUAUGAAGUUAUGUUUUCUAUGGGAACAUGUUAUUAUAAUGCUCGUAAUAUCCCGAUGGCUAAAUCUACAUUUGAAAGUACACUUAAUCAAUAUGGUGAACAAGUAGAAGUAUUAAAUGGAUUGGCUCAAUGUGAGUUUAUGUUAAAUAGGUAUAAAGAAGCAUUAGAACACCUUGAAAGAGCAUUAAAGAUUGAACCAGUUUCACAAAUUGUGUAUAACUAUCAAUUAGUUGCUUCUUGUUAUUUAGAAGAACAAAAACAAAAGAAGAAGUUAUAUAAAGAAGAAAAUGAACAGUUAAGACAAAGUGUUGUUGGUUAUUUACAACAAUUUAAUAACUUGAAGUACAAAAUGAAAACAUUUGAAGAGAAUUGGAAAAGUUUAAUUGAACAAGCAAGAAAAGACCAAGAAGAAAAACAAAGACUCAUCAAAGAACAUGAAGAACAAAGAAAAAAGAAAAUUGAAGAAGAGAAUCAACGAAAAAAAGAAGAGGAAGAAAAAGAACAACAACGAAAAAUGGAAGAGAAGAAAAUGAUAAUUGAGAAAACAAAGAAAGAACAAGAAAUGAUUGGUAAAAGGAUUGAAGAAAGAUUAAAAGAUAUUGAAGAAAAUACAACAGAAAAGAAAAAAAAAGAAGAUAGAAAAGAAAAGAAAGAAAGAAAAAGAAAAAUUCUUGAAGAAGAUGAAACUGAUGGAGAAAAUAAAGUACCUUAUAAAAGAAAAGAACGACUAAAUGAAAAGAAAAUGGAAGAAGAAAACAAAGAAGGUAGUGUUGAAGAAAAGAAAGAAAAUCAUUCAAUAGAACAAAGUGAUGACGUAGUUUCCCUUUAA